GUUAAAUUCCUAGACGUAGUUUCAGUACACCAUGGCUCUGCUAAGCCUAAUUUACCUUUUGGUUUUUGUGUCUUUUACUUCACCUAUUGAUAUCGAAACUCCAGAGGGUUUGGAGCUAGUUGCUGAGGGACUCAACGAAUUUUUUACAACAGGUCGUGAGCCUGAUUACUUACGAGAGACGUUGCAAAACAAUCAACUACGUAACAUUUUCCGCGAUAAUGUUGUGGAAAAUGAAGAUGUCAACAGCAAGACUUGUUUCUUCUGCCACGUAAUUGUGAAUUUGCUGAUUGAGCAACGCAGACUUAACGCAAGUCGGGAACUUCUUGCUACGGAAGGUGGCUAUUUGUGCGUUAACUUAGCUGUGGAAAAUGAGAGGGUUUGUAAGGGGGCGAUUGAGCGACAUAUAGAUAUUCUUCUUUACAUCGUUGACAAUACCCCAGAUCUUGACUCGACAAGGGUUUGUGGCUCAGUUCUUCAAUCCAUCGGUUGUCCCUCUGGAAAUAAUUUCAAUUGGUCUAUCCAACUCCCAAGUGGAGGUUCACCAUUCACGCCAAAAUCUUACGACAAAAAACAAAGUUUUAAAAUUUUGCAUUUAUCCGAUUUUCAUUUCGAUCCCGAUUAUACACCGGGUGGUAACGAAGAUUGUGGUGAACCGAUUUGUUGCCAGAGUGAUCAGGGCAAACCCAACUCCUCCGAAACGACUUGUGGUUACUGGAGUAGUUACAAAGAAGCUGACACGUCCUGGAAAUUGGUUAAAGAAACCGUCAAACAAAUCAACACUCAUCAAUUCGAUUAUUUGUAUUACACCGGUGAUAUUAUCAGUCAUAGGGUUUGGGAAACGAGCAUCAAACGUAACACGAAAUCGCUCUCAAAAAUUUAUUCCUACAUGAAAAAAAAAUUCAACGUGCCCGUUUUUCCCGUUCUUGGCAAUCACGAACCUUAUCCUCUUGAUCAAUGGCCUCCACUCGAUGUCCAAGACGAAAGAAUUUCAAACCGGUGGCUUUUCGAGUUAGUGGCCAAGCUUUGGUCACCACUUGUCGGAGAAGAUAUAAGUGAAACGGUCCUAAAAGGGGGUUAUUACACAGUUAGUCCCAGAACAGGUUUUAGAAUUAUCGCAAUUAAUAGCAAUCCGUGUUAUUCCUACAACUGGUGGCUCGUUUUAAACGAUGUUGAUCCUUACGGACAGUUGCAAUGGCUUGCUGAUACGUUACUUGAAGCGGAAAAGAACGACGAAAGAGUUCAUAUUUUGUCCCAUGUUCCGUCAGGAACUUCCGAAUGUUUAUCAGUUUGGGCGAGGGAAUAUUCCAAAAUUGUGGAACGAUUUGCAAAUACGAUUGCUGGACAAUUUGUUGGCCACACACACCAGGAUGAGUUUUAUGUUUACUAUAAUUGUUCCGAUGAUACCCAAGCUGUUGGUGCUGCUUUUAACGGCGCUGCUGUAACUCCAUGGAUUGAGUCUAACCCCAGUUACAAAAUUUUUGACGUUGACUCCAAGAGUUUUAAUCUUCUAGACUACGAAGAGUGGACCUUUAAUCUUACUUUAGCCAACUCUCAACCUUCUGCCCCACUUGAAUGGUACAAGCUUUACCGAUUUACUGAAGCUUAUGGCGUUGAUAACUUAUCGCCAACUGAAGUUGAUAAACUUUUGUAUAAAAUGGCUGAAAAUCACGCAUUGCUUGAUGAUUAUUACAAGUAUAGGUAUCGAAAUGGUGAUCCUGGGGUUGAGAAAGGUUGUGAUGAUAGUUGCAAGAAAAAGAGUUUGUGUAAAAUUGCGACCACAAUCACUGGAGAUGACACACAAUGCAGGCGAUUUACUGAACUUUAUGAUCGAGGACAAUAAACAUUAUUAUAAAAUAUCA